AUGGAAAAUCGCAAACCUGCUGAGGAUGAAGUUGAGCUCACGUCCGAGACUUUCGAAGACCUAGACAUUGACUAUCGCGCCAAGAAGGUCCUGAAAGACAAAGGGUACACGUAUCUGACCCAUGUGCAGAGCCGAGUGUUGCCGCUAGCGCUGGCUGGUAAGAAUCUGAUCAUACAGUCGCCCACGGGUUCCGGUAAAACGCUGUGCUUCCUGCUACCAGCGGUGAAGCUGCUGUUUGACGAUGGCUACAACGGCAAUUUCCCAUCGGACGUUAGCAUGUUGGGCUGCAUUUGCCUGGCUUCAACACGCGAACUUGCUACCCAAAGCGCUAUUCAGAUGAACGACCUCGCCAGGCCGCUUGGGCUCAAGUCGGGCUGCUGCAUCGGGGGAAUACGAGACAAGUACGAUAAAAGCAAUGCCAGACGCCUGCAGAUCCUCACGGGCACUCCUGGGCGCGUGCUCUCGCUGUUGUCCAACGAUGCGCUCAGCUAUACUUCGAACGUAAAGCUGCUUGUGCUCGACGAAGCGGACCGCCUACUGGACAGCGGAUUUCGAAACGACAUCCUGGACAUCGUGAGCUACCUGCCACCCUCCACUCAGAUUCUGCUAUUCUCCGCAACAAUCAGGUCGUCACUGCAGGACCUCUGCGAUUAUCUGCUGCGCGGCAAGGAGUAUGAGUACGUCUGUUUGGGGUCCGACGCGGCGCUGUUGUCGGCAUCGAAGUUGCGCCAAGACUACAUCGUGGUGCCAAUGAGCCUCAAGCUGCCCGCGCUGUUCCAUUUGCUGAGCAAGCAUCAACAAAAGCGCUUCAUUGUCUUUUUGGCUACGUGUAAGCAGGUGCGCUUCGUCUACGAGACCUUCAAGCGUUUGAUCCCCGCGGUCCCUAUGACCGAAUGGCACGGCAAGCAGAGCCAGCUGAAACGCAACGAACAAUUCACCCGUUUCGCCGCGAAACAAAACUACGGUUGCAUCUUCACCACCGACGUGGGCGCUCGCGGGGUUGACUUCCCGGCAGUGGACUACGUAGUGCAGCUUGACAUUCCCGAUUCGGUAUCCACGUACACUCACCGAGUUGGCCGCACUGGUCGCCUGACGGUGGAAGGGACGCGCAGUUUCGGAUGCGCCUUUACGAUAUUCUGCGAAAAUGAGACCCCGUUGGUGGACGAGUUGAAGGCGGCCGGCGUGAAACUGCACAAUUUCACCAAGCUGCUGUGGCCAUUUUUGCUACGAAAGGAGAACUACGUACUGCAGAAGCUGCAGUCUAUGCUGGCGAAGGAAGCCUGGCUCAAGGAGGCCGCGCAGCGCGCGGUAACUGCGUACAUGCGCUAUCUGACCACGCGCAAAUCCGUCACGCUGUCAGGCCACGCUUUGGUUGAGGCGGUUAAGCAGAUGGCGCUUGCUUCCGGUUUGCCCACGGCGCCUCACAUAGAAGUUGAGGAUGACUCCCCCACCGAAAAGGUGAGCAAGCUGUCUAAGUUGAAGGAAAAAAUCCGUGCCAAAAAACGCGAGAAUGCUGCGAAAGAACGACUGUCGGCGGGCGAUGGCCACGUUUCUAGCGAGCCGGCUUCUUCAAGCGGACCUCGUGCUGAUGUGAACCGUUCAAGUCAAAAAGUCGCGCAGCACAAGGCUGCGCCAUCGGAGACAGACUCUGACUCUGACACCAGCGAAGCAGGCAGUAAUGAAUCAUCCGGCGAUGAUUCGCCCGUGGAUUCAGACGGAUCUGACGUGGAUGAGCUAUCGGAAGAUGGGUCACCCGUGGCAGGAUCAGACGGACAGAGCGGCAGUGGCAGCGAUGCCGCAGACAAUACAGGCGAGCUGUUGAAGAGGGGCAGCGAUGAACGAGUGGAGGAGGACCUUCGGUUGUACGAGGAACGAAGAGCCGCCGAGGACCGCGAGGAUAUUCGCUUGAAAUCUGCUCUUGCGUCAACACGCAAGAAGCUACGUUUGAACCGUCACGGUGUGGCAAAGAUCCGGGGCGUGGAGACGAUACGCCAGUCGGGGCAAAAACACACCAUGUUUGACGCGGACUCCGAUGAGGAAGAGGGCACGCGAUACGAAGCGGCGCCGCCCGCGCUCGACGACAUGCUGAGGGAGAAGGAGACCUACAUAAAGAGCCUCUCGGAACGCCUUAAGGCCGCCAAGAAGGACGACCACGAGUGGGAAGCCCGACGUAGAGCGGAACGCCGCGCAAAGCGCCUUAAGUAG